CAGCAUGUUCAGUGGAAGAAUGGCUUUCUAAAAGGAAGUGGAAUUAAUUAUUGUGAUUGCAACCUUAAUUUUUAUAGGUCUAUAGUAUAUUUUCAUGCAAUAGGCACUACAGUGAAUAAUCGGAAUAAUCUUUCAUUCAUAAAACUGGUUCCCACAGUGAAAGCAACAUCCGUCAGCUGUUCUUACAAACUGAAACUUGAACUGCUGAAGGUUCUGAAAAUUCUCUAGUUUAACAUAUCUGCAGGAGGUAUCGUAUUUCUCAACAACAAAAAAAUGACCAUUUUACAAACUAUGGCAACAUAUGCCACUCUGUGGACCAUAUCAGACUCAGUGGAGCAAAAGUUCAUCAGCAAGAAAGAGCAAAUGGACUACAAAAAGUCUGUGAGAAUGGUGACUGUGGGGACAUUUGUGGUCGCUCCGUUAGUCUUUACCUGGAUGUUCCUUGCUGAAAGAAUGUUUCCAGGGAGAGCGAUCAAAACUGUGGCCAAAAAGAUGAUAACUGACCAAGUUGUCUUCGCUCCAGUGGCCAUAUCUACAUUUUACUUCACUACGUGUAUGCUUGAGAGAAAAUCCCUUCAGCAGUUUAAGGAAGAGUGGCUUGUGAAAUUCCCUAUUACUUACAAGACUGGUAUGAUGUUCUGGCCAUUUAUACAAGCUGUCAACUUUUCUGUUGUUCCUUACAAACAUCGCGCCAAGGUGAUCGGAUGCGCCUCCUUUUUAUGGUCCAUGUUUCUGUGUUAUGAAAAAGAGCCUUCCGAGCCAGAAAAUAUGAAGCAAGGAAGUUAACAAAAGAAAUGUUUAGGAUUUUGAAUAUAUACAUGUAUUUUUUAUCUUUUUAAUUGAUAUUUAGAAAACUAUUAAUAUGUUUUAAUAAACAAUUAUACCUUUGUGUGAUUCUGUGAUACAAACCUUAAUUUAUUCUGCUUAUUUUAUAUUCAGAUUGCUGAUUUUACUCUGUUUAUUUCAUGUUUUAUAUAGUGUGAGCAUUCUUUAAAAAUGUGUUCUUCAAAUCUUGUUGCAUGUUAAACUUGUUCACGGAUGUAUGCAUUGGUAAUGUUAUCUGUUUAUAUGAACAUGUUACAUAUAAGAAGUCAUAGUGAAAAGCACUAUUGUUUAAUACUUGUGUUUAAAAAAUUAUUUAGCUGCAAAAUCUAGUUUCAGAUGGUAACAAAGGUGAUUUUUUUUUUCAUGCAGAAAAGCAAGGCAUAUGGUGUUAAUUAGUUUAAUUCUUUUGGAGAUGGCAUAAUAUGCAUUAUAGUAUUCUGUAUCAUUAUCAACAUUUUGUAACACAAAUUUCAAAAAAAGUAAUCAUUUUUCAGGCCAAAAAAAUUCAAAAUAUAAUGCAACAGGCAGUUAUUUUACUUUUAAUUUAGAUAAAUGUUAAUUUUGAUACUUGCAAUGGGGAAUUAUGUCACUUUCUAGCUCUUUUUAUUUUACCUUAAAUUGAAGUAUCCCCCUUUUCAACAUUGCAAUUUAAAACUCAACAAUAUGGCAGCAUCAGCAGCACUGAACGCUCAAGAAAAAAGGUUAAAAAAAAAACAAAAACAAAAAAACGUUUUGGCCCAAUUCAUUUGUAUACUGUUAUUUAAGUAAGGUAUUUUGACUCCUAUUUAAAUACCGGUAGUAUGCCUAUUACUAUAGAAAAAAUAUCAAUAUCACCACAAAGAUUCAGGGGACAUUGUAGGCCUAGUAUAUCAUAUAUUUGUGUCAGUUUCUUAAUACCACAUAGGCGUCGGAAUGGGGGGGGGGGGCUUAGCCCCCCACUUUUUUUUGCAAAGUUAGACCUAACCAUUAGGCACAUAGCAUCAUGGAGGGUUCAGCCCCCCCCCCCCCCCCCCCACUUUUUUUUAUCGAAGCAAAGAUAAUUUUUCCUAAAUUUACUUUGAACAGAUGGAAAUAAUGAGAAGUUGGAGUCAUAGGAAUUUCGACGCCACUUUACCAUUAAAGUUUUAUUUUGUUUUUUGAAUAGUUUAUUUAAUCAGGGUGAUGGAAAUUGCACUGACUUAGGGGUAGUACAGUGUGUGAUAUGAUUGUCUCUUAAAGUGUUUUAAAAUUUGAAUUGUAAAUUAUCUGUAGUACAGUCAUAUAACUCUUCCAUUACAUGGUGUAUGUAACAGGUGUAUGAACAUGUGUAUAUUGAGUGUUAAUUAAGGAACACUCAGACAAAAUCCAGGUGCAUUGUUGUUCUAUUUUCAAUUAAAAUCUGUUAAGAAGAUGAUCAAGUUUAUUAGUAAGUCAACAUUGUUUUUUAUUUUAUUUUGAAGCUUCUGUUUUUGUUUACACCAGUGAAAACAUCAGCUAGUUAUUUAACCACUCAAGGUUGUUGAAUGUUGAAGUCAUAUAUUUUUCUACUUUUUACAAUCUAAACAGAAACAGAAAAUUUACUCAGGGUAGAUUUUGUAUCCUUAUGCAGUUUUGUUUUUUUUAUUUUUGUUUUGUUAAUAAUACAGUUACAUACAUGCUGAAUGAAACUUCCUCUGCUAUAUAUAAAACUUUACAUGUUUGAUAAUGGUAUUGUUAAUUACAAGACAAACUUUUAGUUAAAAUGUAUGAAUUUGAUAUAUGCUUUAAGAACAUUAAAAUGUGAUCUGAAAAAUAAACUAUGUAAACAAAAAUUUA